CUAAUAACAGAAUUUGAAAACGAAGACAGAAAACGUGGGAAAACAAAAUCAAGAAAACACCCAAGAAAAUCCCAGCUUUUUCAAGGUUACUGAAGAAACAACAAAAACUGCAACUAUAGUUUUCUUAUAUAAACCCCACCCCAAAGUCAGUUUUUCCAGGUACCCAUCAACGCUAAAUACCAUCUUUCUCUUUCAGCAUUGCGUUUCUUGCUUCUCACUUGUUGUCUUUCAAGAAUGGCCAAUGCUAUGUUGCAACAAACAGUUGGAGGAACUCUUCAGCUUCUCAGCAAUUCCGGAACUCACUGCAAUGUCGGGAACCGUUCGGUACGGUUGCUUCCCAAGGGGUUUAAGUUGGAAGUUGAGUUCUCAAAGAGAGGGAUUUAUAGUUCGGGAAAGAGGAAAUUCAACGUUAUUCAGGCAUCAACGUCUCAAACCUCUGUUGUUGGUCCUCUUUUAGCUCCCUCAAGUAGUGACACCGUUGAUUCUCACAUGAAAUCAAAUGAGGUAGCUUUGAUACUGAUUCGCCAUGGUGAGUCUUUAUGGAAUGAGAAGAACCUUUUUACAGGUUGUGUUGAUGUGCCAUUAACCAAUAAGGGAGUAGAAGAGGCAAUUGAAGCUGGUCAUAGAAUCAGCAACAUACCUGUUGACAUGAUAUACACAUCGUCACUAAUUCGUGCACAGAUGACUGCUAUGCUAGCCAUGACUCAACAUCGCCGCAAGAAGGUGCCAAUUAUCCUUCAUAAUGAGGAUGAGCGAGCAAGAGCGUGGAGUAAAAUAUACAGUGAAGACACCAUAGAACAAUCGAUUCCUGUUAUAACAUCUUGGAAAUUGAAUGAAAGAAUGUAUGGAGAAUUACAAGGUCUGAAUAAACAGGAAACUGCGGGUAAAUUUGGUCAUGAAAAAGUUCACGAGUGGCGCAGAAGUUAUGAUAUACCCCCACCCAAUGGCGAGAGUUUGGAAAUGUGUGCUCAAAGAGCUGUUGCAUAUUUCAGAGAUAAUAUUGAACCCCAACUUUUAUCUGGAAAGAAUAUCUUGAUUUCUGCCCAUGGGAAUUCAUUAAGAUCCAUUAUCAUGUAUCUUGACAAACUAACCUCCCAGGAGGUUAUUACUUUAGAACUAUCCACUGGGAUACCCAUGCUUUACAUUUUUAAAGAGGGAAAGUUCAUUAGGAGGGGAAGUCCAGUAGCACCAACAGAGGCUGGAGUCUACGCUUACACUAGGAGGUUGGCUCAAUACAGGCAGAAGUUAGAUGACAUGUUGACUUGACAUAUGUCCUUUUAAGUAUAGAGUUUUCCAGGGCCGUCUUUUUGCAUCACUACUGACAUCACCAUCUACGAUUGUUCUGGUUACAAUGUUGGACCAAUAGCUCCGAAGGUUAGCUGUCGUCCAGUUGAUUUUUCAUAUGGGUGCAGCAAAGUAGUUGCAAGUCCCUGCAGAUGAUUAGGUUAGGUAGGUGUGCUAUAGAUAUACAAUACUCAUUUCCAGUUUUUACCGUCUUCAGUUUGUUGUGAAAAUAUGGACAGACGGGUUUGUCUUUGUAUUAAGUUCGAUUUUUUUUUUUUUGGUGCAAUAAGAAAAAGUUUAUCUGUUA